UGCAUGCAGCAGCAGGAAAGGAGACACAUGUUAUAGAGACAGCAGCAAGAGCAUAUAAGGUCAAUGUACACCGCAGCAAUUUGCUGCUGCAGCAGCAGCGCAGCAGCAACUUUGAUCUUAAUACUACGGAUACACAAGGAAGAGGCUUGCAGUGUCCUCACCACCCAACUGAACCCGCGCGCUAUGCCUGUCUAGAUUGCAAAGGGACAGUAUUAUGUGGUCAAUGUUAUGGCGAGGGUUUACAUAACACUCAUGAUCUUGUUAAUAUAAGAAGUGCUGUACCUGCAGCAAGAAUGAAGAUGAUGCAACAAUACUCUAAACUUAAGCAGCAAGCAAAAGAAUUAGAGGCUCUCUCCGCUUCCUUAAAAAGUAUUCAGAGGAAAGCGAUUCGUCUGCAAACAGCAAACGCAACACACAUCAAGGAUGCAUUCGAUUCCGUGGUGAGGGCAUUGGAGAUGCGUUGCGAAGCAGCAGAUAGAGAGAUGGAUUUAGAGAAAACCCUCAGCGCACAAACCCUCAAGACAAUAGACAAAGAUUGCGUAACUUUAUUGCGUUAUUUACGAGCAAAACAGCAGCAACUGCAGCAACUGCAGCAAUUAGGGCAGCAAAGUCCUGUAUUAGCAUUAAAUGCAUUUGCUGCUGUUGUCUCCUCCUUUGAUGCAUUAGAGGAAAAAACUGAUGUACUUACAGAUAUGCGUGAGAGGUUACGUUAUCCUCAUUGGCAGUUACGUGUCUUAGAGGUUAAUUCUUUAUUAGAAGAAAGACAAGAAGCAUUAUUACGUGUAUCUAGCCGUCUGAGUACAUUUUGCGAGGAGACAGGAGAAGCAGCGGAGACAUUUUUGUCUCUUUCUUUACCCCUAGAUAAUUCUCCUGCACAGCAUAGGGAGACAGAUAAACAGCAGCAACUGCUGCAGCAGCAUCUGCAGCAGCAGCAACAGCAGCAGCAGCAGCAGCAGCAACAGGAGGAGACAGAGACUAGAUUUAUACUCUCCCCUGAUCAACAAACUGCUGUUUAUCCAGGCGCAGAAAACCCUUACAGCAAAAUCUUCCUUAGUAAACCUCCUGAUAAGUACCAGGCCUUUGUAAGAAAGGAUCAAUUACAUGAGGAAUGGGAAGUACGGAUGGUGUCUCUUCGUGGUGAAUAUUUAUGUGUACAUAAAGAAGGAGACAGUCCCUUUAGUCGUAUAGAGGGGGCAAUAAGAAUAAAUAAGGAGACGCAUGCAUGCAGUUUUAGCAGCAGCAGCAGCAGGACAGCAUUAGCAGCAGCAGCAACAAAUGAUUAUCCUUAUGGAUUAGAGGUUAUACAAAUAGAUAUAAAUAAAAAAGAACUAACUAGCUUCUUGCUUCUUGCUGCAGAUAAUAAUUCCUUAGCUAAUGAAUGGGUAGAGGCAAUACAGCAGCAGCAGCAGCUAGCUAUAAAAAGGAGACACCAACAAUUGUCUCCUUUUCUUAUUGUCCCUUCUUAUAGUCCCCAACUGUCUCCUAGGGAGUUGCAUCUAGAGGCAGCAGGGAUGGCGUUCCCCGUUCCCCACAGACGUACAGCAGCAAUGCUGCCUACAGGUCUAGAGGAGGAGGAGGAGCAGCAGCAGCAGGAGUUGCUGCAGCAGCAGCAGCAAAGAGGGAGGAGGUCCUCUGUCUCCUCAUUAAGCAGCAGCAGAGACAGCUCAUUAGAUACAAUUAGUGUCUCUAAAAGGAGACACAAAAAGGAGACAAGUGUCUCCUCUUAUUAUAGUGAUACAGAAUUAUCUAGCUCAGACGAAGCAGCAGCAGCAGCAGCAGCAGCAGCAGCAGAUGAGGUAAUUGAAGGUCUUGCUGCUCCUCCUUUUCCUUCCUUAAGGAGAGAGGAGACAGAUAUAAAUAAAGAACAAAAAUUAGGGGAAUUAUAUAAUAGGAGGAGACGGAGGGCAACAGAGGGGACAGCAAAGGGGACAAUUAAACAAAAAAGAGACACACAGGAUGGUGGCACCAGCAGCAGCAGCAGCAGCAGGAACAGCAGCAACAAUAAUACAGGUAUACGUAGACCUAAACUACGGCCAACACACAAAUCAACAAGAGCAGCAGCAGAUGCAGAUGCACCCGAUGCAGCAGCAGCAGCAGCAGCAGCAGCAGCAAGUGAUGCAAGUAUGCCUCUCAAGACAUUAAGGACGGGCAUACAAAGGAGGGCAGUAAGGAGACUCGUAAGAGAGUUAGAGGCGAGGGCGUCUCCUGUGUCUCCUCCUACUCCUCCUCAGCAGCAGCAGCAGCUGCAGCAGCAGCAGCAACAGCAGCAACAGCAGCUGCCGCAGCAACAGAAUCAGCAGCAACGACAACAGCAGCAACAGAGACAGCAGCCGGGACAAAAAGAACAAUAUUUGCAGCAGCAGCAUGACCAACUGAAGAAGCUGCUGCAGGAGCAUCAGCAGCAGCAACAACUGCAGCAGCAGCAACAGCAGCAACUGCAGCAGCAGCAGCAGCAAAUGAAGAGGCUGCUCCAGGAGCAGCAGCAGCACAACAGAAGUGUCCCCGAUAGCGAAAUUGUCUCCUUGCCGGAGACAGACACGCUAGACUUUGCCUUUACACCUGAAGAGCAGCAGCAGCAGCAGCAGCAGCAGCAGCAAAGCAGCAGCAGCAGCAAAACAACAGAUGAGAACCACAACAGCACCAACAGCAGCAGCAGCAGCAGCAGCGGGAGACACUUCAAGAGUGACCCUUUGCUAGGAGACCCACCACCAACAGAGAAGCCAAGGAAACACCCUAAGGCAGCAGCAGCAGCAGCAGCAGCAGCGCCCACACCAAGGCGUCCUGCUGCUCCUGUUGUUGCUGCUGCUGCUCCAACAGAUGCUGCUGCUCCAACAGAUGCUGCUGCUGCUACUCCAGCAACAGCAACACGACUAGCUGCAGAAGCAGCAGCAGCACGAGCGGCAGCAGCAGCAGCACGAGCCGCAGCAGCACGCGCAGCAGCAACACGAGCAGCAGCAGCAGCAGCAGCAGACUCUGGUGGGUCGGAGCCAAAGAGACAGCAAGCAGCUGUCCCCUUGUCAACACCUAAGGACUCUCAGAGGAAGAAUAUGCGUGAGCAAGAGGAAGUAGCUGAGGUGUCUAGGCAGCAGAAGUUGCUGCAUCGUCGUUCUUAUAUAGAAGAUUUAGUGUCUCCUUUGUCUCCUUUAGGAGAAAGGAGACAAAAAAAGGAGACAAAAAAGGAGACAAAAAAGGAGACAAAAAAGGAGACAGAUAAGGAGACACCUGAUGAUUUUUAUAGGAUAAAAAUGCCUCCUGCAUCUUCUGUACCUUCCUUUACUCUUGUCUCCUCUCCUCCUGUUCGUGCUGCUCCUGCUGCACCUACUCCACCUGCUGCUGCUGCUGCAGCAGCAGCAGCAGGAGGUGCUGCUGCUGCUGAGAAGCCACGAUCUAAGAGACAGGGGACAAAAGUGUCUCCUCUAAAAAAGGAGACACUUCCUGCUGCAGCACUACCAAAGGCAAUAGCAGCAGCAGCAGCAACACAGAGGGGCAUAUUGCGUAAGACGGGUUCUGCUGUAGGAGGAGACAGGAGUACAAAGGAGACACAAGGAGGAGACGCAAGCGAAGAAGAAUUAGCAGCAGCAAGUGCAGCAGCAGCAGCAGCAGGAGCAGCAGAAGUAAGGAAGAGAGAAUUAGAAAUAGUAAGCAAAGCAAUGCAGCAAAUAGGUAUGCUGCGUAUAAGCAGCAGCAUUAUUUCUCCUAUUGAGCCUGACGACAGCAGCAGCAGCAGCAACAGCAACAGCAACAGCAACAGCAGCAGCAGCAGCAACAGCAACAGCAACAGCAGCAGCAGCAGCAGCAGGGCAAAAGAAGAGGCAGCAAGAGGCAGCAAGGGAAGAGAGAUAAAAAAGGAGACAAUAGGAGACAAACAACAAAGAAAGAGAUAA